GUAAAAAAUCAAAUUGGAUAAUUAAAAAACUAAAAUUGUAAAAAAAUUAAAAAAAAAAAAAUUAGGGAAAAAAAUCGGGGCUGGGAGAAGGAAGAAGGAGGAGGAGAAGAAAAAACGUGGCUCUCUCUCUCUCUGCUCGAACGAGUUUUUUUCUGAAAAGUGAAAACGAAGAACAAUAUUGGGGAAAAAGGAGCUCAAUACGGAAGGUUAUUGAAUUCGCUGGAAACUGGGCUACAGGAAUAGAAAACCGUAAUUCCGGGUUAUUGAAGUGGAGCUCCGGCUAGGGUUUUCCAUAUCCGAAAGAGGGCUGGGCAUAUCUGCUGAUUGGGUAAUUGCGGUUUGGCUUAUUUUGUACAAGUCUCUUGACUUGAUCAAGAGGGCAUUUGGAGAUGGUUAACUUUUGAGGUUUAAUUGGUGACAAAUUGAUACACUAUGACGCUUGAGGACUUCUUUACAUUGACUGAGAUGAAUAAUGGGCUUGCAACUCCUGUUCGAGUCCAGGAGCUUGUUGCUGUAAUGCAAAAGGAAAAAGAUGCCAAUAGGAGUAUUGCUGAUGCAACUAGACAGUGGUCUGCUGUCGCAAGUACUAUAGCUGCAACUGAAAACAAAGAUUGCCUUGAACUUUUUAUCAAGUUAGAUGGACUGGGAUUUAUUGAUAGUUGGUUGAAGAAUGCUCAGAAGCUUGGUAAUGACAAUAGUGAUAAUUUCAUAGAAGAGUCAAUCACUGAUUUACUGAGAGCUGUUGAGAAGCUGCAUGUAGGCAAUGAGAAAUCAGUUUCUUCUGGAAUCAGGACAUCCGUUGAGAAGCUUCUUAGCCACAAGAGUUCAAAGGUGCAAGAGAUGGCUAAGGCACUCUUUGAUCGAUGGGAUAAAGGUACAGAUGCUGCCCCUGUUUCUAUGGAUGUUGAAAAGCUACCAGCUUCAGUUGAUGGUGAGACUGGAGUCAGUGUGAAUCUUAAAGGAGAAAAUGCGCAGUUAGAAUCUUCAUAUGGUGGAGAUGUUUGUCAUUCCAAAGGAUGCAAUGAACAGGAAAAAGAAAAUCUUGUACCAUCGUUGAGAUCUGAUGCUCCUCAUCCUGAAAUGGUUCAUGAUAAAACUACGGAGCAUGAAAUAAUGCAAGAUGGGCCAUCUCCUUCCUCGACAAAGCACAUCAGUGACACUAGUGAUGAGGUAGAAACCACUAGGUUUCAUUCAGAUGGUACUUCACUAAUUGAAACUUGUAGUUCAACAGGUCCAAAACACAGUACACUUCAAGAACAGAAUGAAAAUCCUGAUGUGGUGCCUGGUGAUGGUUUGAAUGGUGUGCAGAAAACUAGAAGUUCCGAGAAAUUGGAUUCAGAACCGUCUAAGCCAUUAGAUGAGAUGAUUCUCUCUCCAAGUGCUGAAACCAAGGAUGCUGUGUAUUCAGUGACACGCCCUGGUUUACAAGGAUGCUCUGAUGCCAAGGACAAUGACUGCAUUCAGGAAACAUCCUCCUUCAAUGAAGCAACAGCAAUUGUGUCUGACAUGAAGGACGUGAUGGAUGAAAGUGGAUCUGAAAAUCAUUGCAGAGGUGCAAUGGUCCUCGAAGCUAAUGAAAACACCAAAGGUCAUGGUGAACUAUUGCAGGUCUCUUCCAACAAGCAUAACAUGGAAUGCAUGAAAGAAGUGGGCACAAGUUCGUUGAAGGUGGAAAAUAUUGGAGUGAAGGAGGCUGAUGAGGAUCUUAGUGAUCAAAGUGAGGAUGAUUCAACAACUGAUCUUGCCUUUCUAUACAUGGGUAAUAAAGACGCCAAUAUUGGAAAGAAAUCUGAUCUUGACUUGGACUGUGGCAUCUUUGAUCCUUUAGAGGUUGCUCGGCAAGUUGCCAUCGAAGUGGAGAGAGAAGUUGAACAGAGUUGCAGUUCUGUGAAAAAAACAGUUAAAGUUCAUGAGCCCAAUAGCCAAGAUUCUGAAAAUGCAAAACAAUGUGAAACUAAUGAUGGCUCAAAUAAGGAGGUGCAAGAAGGAAUUCAUCCUUCUGUUGAAGCUUCACAAAUUGGGGAAAGAAAUCUAAAGAGUGCAGAAAACUCUGAUGGUGCAGCAGUAAAUGAAACACAAGACAUGGAUACUUCUCAGGUCACAAUGGCAGCUCAAGAUCUUGAAGCCAACUCUGAGAAGGGUUUAUGCGAAUUUGAUUUGAAUCAAGAUGUUUACUCAGAAGAUACGGAUCAGCCUUCAAGGGCAGUAGUUGCUCCUGACAUGCCAAUUACUCGUUUGCAGCUUGAGGGGAGUACUGGAUGGAAAGGAUCUGCUGUCACAAGUGCUUUUCGUCCAGCAGCUUGUAGAAUCCCUGGAAGUGACAAAGCCGUUUCCAAUGCUGAAAGUGAUGGCAGCUCAAAGCAGCAAGCUGGCUUCCUUGGUAUUGAUCUAAAUGUUACUGAAACUGGAGAUGAGAGAUGUACGGAUUUGAAUAUCAAAGAACAAAUAACUUUGUCAUCAACUCUUCCUUCUGGGGAAUCUUCUGUUGAAGCAAGUUCCAAAAAACUGGAAAGGGUUGAGUUGGAUCUUAAUCGUGUAAGUGACGAAGGUGAAGCUCCAUCAGAUUGGAGGGUGGAUAGACAGCUGUCCUCACGUCAAAAUGGCCCCCUAAGUCAAUCUCCAUCAUCUUCUUCAUCAUCAAAGCAGCCUUCAUUACUGAACAUUGAUUUAAAUGACCAACCCAGUUUUCUUAAUGAUUCCUCAAGUCUCCCUUAUUUCACCAAAUCUCCUCAGAAUUUGACAUCUGUGGUAUCCAUCAUGGGCAUGAAGGUAGAGGUAAACCAAAAAGAGCUUCUUCCUCAGUCCAUGCCCCUGACCAAUGGAAGGAUUUCAGAGGCCAUUCUUGAUGCUAAUAGGACUGCUUUGGGAAUGGGAUCUCUGUUUUCUUACGCUCACUCAGGUGCUUAUAAUUACAACAAUGGCAUUACACCAGGACCUGUUGCACCUUUCUCAUCUACAAUGUAUGGACCCGGUGGCCCUAUCCCCUGCAUGGUCAAUUUCAGAGGAGUUCCUGUUAUACCUCAAAUUGUCGGUCCGCCCUCAUCUGUGCCUCCUCCCUUUUCUCAGCAACCAUUCAUUAUUAGCAUGACUGGACCGCCUCCAACAAAUGGGGUUAUGGCAUCAAGGAGCAGCUUCGAUCUCAACUCUGGCUUGACAUCCGAGGCUGGGAACAGAGAUUUGGGAGGUUUGAGGCAAAUUUUCAACCCACUUCAGCCAAUGCCCAUGCCUAUGCCUAUGGCAAUGCCAAUGCCCAUGCCCAUGCCAAUGCCAAUGGACAGUUACCUUAAGCCCAACUCACAACCAUCGACAAGUUUGAGUAUUGGUGGGAAACGAAAAGAACCAGAUGGUGGCUUGGAACCUUACCCUUUUAACCAUCAUCAACCACCAUGGAAAUAGACCUUGCUGGUUUCCCUCUCACUGGGAUCAGUUUAGGACUAUUUAUGACAGACAGACAGGCCAAUGUUCUUUAUAGCCAUAGAUUAUUGAAGAUAGGAAAGCCUAUAUUGAUGUAGCGGGGGGAAGAAAGAUUAUAGAACUGAAUAAAGACAGGAUUUGUGACUGUAAUAUGAUUCUUGAGAUUAAUUCCCAGAGAACAAGUAUAGAUGCCAGGUUAAAUUGUUUCAAAAUGUUAAACGUGCUUUUUUUUCUUUUUUUCUUUUUUAAUUAUUCCUUUGGAAUCUAGAGAGCUGUUGCAAACACAACUUACAUGUAGUUGUAAUCACUCAUUUACAUCAAUCAAAUUUAGAUGUGUAUCUUCUGUUA